AUGUGUUACUAUGGCAGAUACUAUGGAGGCCUGGGCUAUGGCUAUGGAGGCCUAGGCUAUGGCUAUGGCUGUGGCUAUGGCUGUGGCUAUGGUGGCUAUGGUGGCUAUGGUUAUGGCUGCUGCCGCCCACUGUGCUGCAGAAGAUAUUGGUCUUACGGCUUCUACUGA